GAUCCAGAGCAGCUUCAGGACAAAUCCAAUGAGAUCCUGACAGCCAUCAUCCAGGGAAUGAGAAAGGAAGAGCCCAGCAACAAUGUGAAGCUAGCAGCUACUAAUGCACUCCUGAACUCUUUGGAAUUCACCAAAGCAAAUUUUGACAAAGAGUCUGAAAGGCACUUUAUUAUGCAAGUAGUCUGUGAAGCAACACAGUGUCCAGAUACAAGGGUACGAGUGGCUGCCUUACAGAAUUUGGUGAAGAUAAUGUCCCUUUAUUAUCAGUAUAUGGAGACAUACAUGGGUCCUGCGCUUUUUGCUAUAACUAUUGAAGCAAUGAAAAGUGACAUAGAUGAGGUGGCUCUACAAGGGAUAGAGUUCUGGUCAAACGUCUGCGAUGAGGAGAUGGACCUGGCUAUAGAGGCGUCUGAGGCAGCAGAGCAAGGAAGGCCUCCAGAGCACACUAGCAAAUUUUAUGCGAAGGGAGCACUACAGUAUUUAGUCCCAAUUCUCACACAAACAUUAACAAAACAGGAUGAAAAUGAUGAUGAUGAUGACUGGAACCCCUGCAAAGCAGCAGGAGUCUGCCUCAUGCUCCUGGCGACCUGCUGUGAAGAUGACAUUGUUCCUCACGUGCUGCCCUUUAUUAAAGAACACAUUAAAAAUCCAGAUUGGCGAUACAGAGAUGCAGCUGUGAUGGCUUUUGGGUGUAUUUUGGAAGGACCAGAGCCUAACCAGCUCAAACCACUAGUCAUACAGGCAAUGCCAACUUUAAUAGAACUAAUGAAGGACCCCAGCGUCGUGGUUCGAGACACCACUGCUUGGACCGUGGGCAGGAUCUGUGAGAUGCUUCCUGAAGCUGCCAUCAAUGACAUUUACCUCGCUCCACUGCUGCAGUGUCUGAUGGAGGGUCUGAGUGCUGAGCCCAGAGUGGCCUCCAACGUGUGCUGGGCCUUUUCUAGUCUUGCUGAAGCUGCCUAUGAAGCUGCAGAUGUAGCUGAUGAUCAGGAAGAACCAGCAACUUACUGCUUAUCCUCUUCAUUUGAGCUAAUAGUUCAGAAACUUCUGGAGACCGCAGAUAGGCCUGAUGGACACCAGAAUAACUUGAGGAGUUCUGCCUAUGAAUCUCUGAUGGAAAUAGUGAAAAACAGUGCCAAGGACUGUUACCCUGCUGUCCAAAAGACAACUCUGGUCAUCAUGGAACGACUUCAGCAAGUGCUGCAGAUGGAGUCUCAUAUCCAGAGCACUUCUGACAGAAUCCAGUUCAAUGAUCUUCAGUCUCUUCUUUGUGCUACUCUACAGAACGUCCUCCGGAAGGUCCAGCACCAGGAUGCUUUACAGAUCUCCGAUGUGGUGAUGGCAUCUCUGCUGAGAAUGUUCCAGAGCACGGCGGGCUCGGGGGGCGUGCAGGAGGACGCCUUGAUGGCAGUCAGCACCCUGGUAGAAGUCUUAGGUGGGGAGUUUCUGAAGUACAUGGAUGCCUUCAAACCCUUCCUUGGCAUUGGACUGAAGAAUUAUGCUGAGUACCAGGUUUGUCUGGCUGCAGUGGGCCUGGUUGGUGACUUAUGCAGAGCCCUGCAAUCCAACAUCUUGCCUUUUUGUGAUGAGGUUAUGCAGCUGCUCUUGGAGAACUUGGGGAAUGAAAACGUUCAUAGGUCUGUGAAGCCUCAGAUUCUCUCAGUGUUUGGUGAUAUUGCCCUUGCCAUUGGAGGAGAAUUUAAGAAGUACCUAGAUGUUGUACUGAAUACCCUCCAGCAGGCUUCCCAAGCACAGGUUGAUAAGUCUGACUAUGACAUGGUGGAUUACCUGAAUGAGUUGAGGGAGGGCUGCCUGGAAGCUUACACUGGCAUCAUCCAAGGAUUGAAGGGAGACCAAGAAAACGUGCACCCUGAUGUGAUGCUGGUGCAGCCCAGAGUAGAAUUUAUUCUGUCUUACAUUGACCACAUCGCUGGAGAUGAGGAUCACACCGAUGGAGUUGUGGCAUGUGCUGCUGGACUGAUAGGGGAUUUGUGUACAGCGUUUGGAAAAGAUGUACUGAAAUUAGUAGAAGCUAGACCCAUGAUACAUGAACUGCUAACUGAAGGAAGAAGAUCCAAGACGAACAAAACAAAAACCCUCGCUACCUGGGCGACUAAAGAACUGAGAAAACUGAAGAAUCAGGCUUGGUAA